UUGGCGGCGUUGCCAUGGGGAUGCGGCCUGGCCGCCGCCUCAGGCUCGUGAGUUGACCCGACGCCUGGGUCGCCCGCUUUGGGGUCUUCUCCUGUCCGCAGACUGGGUUGGCCGAGGAGGAAUUGGGAAGCCCCUGAGAGUUUAUAGAAACCUUUGACAAAAAUGACAUCCUGGUUGUAUGAAUGUCUUUGUGAAGCUGAACUUGCACAGUAUUAUCCUCAUUUUACUGCCAUUGGCCUCCAGAAAAUAGAUGAAUUAGCCACGGUUACAAUGAAGGACUACUCCAAAUUGGGAGUCCACGACAUGAAUGACCGCAAACGUCUCUUCCGACUUAUCAGAAUCAUUCAAAUGAUGCAGGAAGAAGACAAAGCAGCCAGUAGCCCAGAACAUCCUCUCCAGACAAGCAGCCUGUAUAGCAAGCCUCGGGAAUCCAGACCUGGCCCUCGGAGGCAACUGCAUUUUGAUUCUCCUGCUGACAACAAAGACAGAACAACCAGCAACUAUGGGUUUGAAAUGUGCAAUUUAUCAGAUUUUUCUGCAAAUGAACAGAAGUCUAGUUACCUAAAAGUGCUGGAACACAUGCUACCAGAGGAUUUCCAGUACCAAACAGAAACAAGAAUUCUGAAUGCCAUAGCUGCUGAUUCCUAUGUUCAAACAGAAACUAACACUUCACUCUCUGCAUUAAAUCACUUUUCUCCAAGACUGGGGGAUUGUGAUAGUCCCAUUAUUCAAAGACUCUCUCAUGUUUCAGGGUAUAACUAUGGAAUCCCUCAUUCUUGUAUCAGACAGAACACCUCGGAGAAAGAAAAUCCUUGGACUGAGAUGGAGAAAAUCAGAGUUUGUGUUCGAAAACGCCCUCUAGGUGUGAGGGAGGUACGUCGUGGAGAAAUUAAUAUUAUUACUGUAGAAGACAAAGAAACUCUACUUGUUCAUGAGAAGAAAGAAGCGGUUGACCUCACACAAUAUAUUCUGCAGCAUGUUUUUUAUUUUGAUGAAGUCUUUGGUGAAGCGUGCACCAAUCGAGAUGUUUACAUGAAGACUACUCACCCACUCAUUCAGCAUAUUUUCAAUGGAGGCAAUGCCACUUGCUUUGCAUAUGGACAGACAGGUGCUGGAAAGACCUACACCAUGAUAGGAACUCAUCAGAACCCAGGACUAUAUGCUCUGGCUGCCAAAGAUAUCUUCAGGCAACUAGAAGUAUCCCAGCCAAGAAGGCAUCUCUUUGUGUGGAUCAGCUUCUAUGAAAUUUACUGUGGACAGCUUUAUGACCUCCUAAACGGGAGAAAAAGUUUUCUUGAGUAUAUGCCUAAGAGUGGAAUUGCUGGGUCAUACUUCUUGAGGAACUGCCAAACUGCUUUCCAAAGUGGCUGCACCAUUUUAUAUUCCCACCAGCAAUGUAUGAAGGCGAUUCUGAAGGGCAGCAAGGAGCGCAGCACCGGGGCCACUGGGGUUAAUGCAGACUCCUCGCGCUCUCAUGCUGUCAUCCAAAUUCAGAUCAAAGAUUCAGCCAAGAGGACGUUUGGCAGGAUCUCUUUUAUUGACUUGGCUGGCAGUGAAAGAGCGGCGGAUGCCAGAGACUCAGAUAGACAGACAAAGAUGGAAGGUGCAGAAAUAAACCAGAGUCUUCUAGCUCUGAAGGAAUGUAUCCGAGCUUUGGAUCAGGAACACACCCACACUCCCUUCAGGCAAAGCAAGUUAACUCAGGUCCUGAAGGACUCUUUCAUCGGCAAUGCCAAAACCUGCAUGAUCGCCAACAUCUCACCAAGCCACUUGGCCACAGAACACACUCUGAACACUUUGCGCUAUGCUGACCGGGUCAAAGAACUAAAGAAAGGCAUUAAAUGUUGCACUUCAGCUACCAGUCGAAAUCGGACGUCUGGAAACUCUUCUCCAAAACGAAUUCAGAGCUCCCCUGUGGCCCUGCCAGGGGACAAAUGUUCUCCCAAAAAAGUCAAGCUAGGGCUUCAGCAGUCACUCACAGUGGCACCUGGCUCCACAAAAGGGAAGGCCCAUCCUCUGGCCAGCCACCCACCCAACAUCCCUUUUGCUUCUGUACCUAAAGUCCCUGGUAAAAGAGGUGGCUCCAGAGGGAGUCCUCCCCAAGGGUGGGUCAUUCAGACCAGCCCUGUCAAAGGAGCCAUGCAGUCUAGACAUUUAGCCAAAAAAACGGCAGGAGAGUCAGCCUCAUUGUGCUCUGAGAAAAAUCAAAUCAGCAGCAAAACUGCCCUCGGGUGGGGAAGCAGGGCCCCUGGCCCAGGAAAAGACCUGGUGCACGGUAAGCUGCCCUCCAAGUGCCAGAAGGUACAGACUGUGCAGCCAGUGCAGAAGCAGCUUGUGUCACGAGGUGCGCUCUCCUUUGGCAACGUCCACCACUUAGCAGAGUACAGUCAGGCCAGCAAGGGGGACACGCCUGCCAGGCCUGCCUCUGCAGCUUGGACAGACAUCCCUCCACGUCAGAAGGAGAGGGAGGAACAUUUGCGCUUCUAUCACCAGCAGUUCCAGCAGCCGCCUCUCCUCCAGCAGAAGUUAAAGUACCAACCACUGGAAAGGUUUUUAUGCCAGUACAGGUCCCAAGAGGGGCAGCUCCAGAAUGAGACCCCUCCUCCCUUCCGCUCUUAUUCCGAGAGCCACGAUGGAGCCCAAGCUGAGGACCCUGAUGACAGCGAUUUCAGUGAAGAUUCUUUUUCACAUGUCUCCAGUCAGAGGACCACAAAGCAGAGAAGCAUCCUGGAGAACAGCGAAGGCUCGUUUUUCCUUCAUCAGAAGGAGCAAGGUCCUGAGGAGCAGGUGGCCAAAAGGCGGCAGAGCCUUUUUUUUAGCCCCAGGACAGACAGUGACGAGAAGGGUCUAACUGGAAGCUGUAUGUACUCCAGGGACCCCACAAGCCACAGAAGAGCAGCACUUGAUCACGGCCGCAGCCCAAGUAAGGUGCCCCUGGACUGGAGCAGAGAGGAGGACUCCACCUUCUCAGGGCCUUCUCCCAGAGACAACCUGGCAGAGAAGCCUUACUGCUCACAGGUAGACUUUGUCUAUGGCCAGAAAAGAGGUGGCGGCCUAGCCUUUGAUCUCAGACAGGAUGCCUUCAGAUGUAAGGUUCCUGGGCAGGCUGAGGGCAGCUUGCCAUCCCCGGAAGAAAAUGGUUUCACUUUCUCACUAUCCCACAUUGCAGUUCCUGGAUCCUCAGACCAAAGAGACACAGUCAGCACACCUCUGAGAGAAGUCAGCAAAGACAGCCCAACUCUGGCAACCAGAACAAUGAAAAGCAGUAACUUUUUCCAAGGAGAAGACUCUAGAGGGGAAUUAGGCAUGUGCUCUGAAUAUGCUUCUGGACUGAUGGCUCCCCUCACUGUGUCCCUCCUGAAGAACCCAGACAAUAAGGGCUCUCCUCCCUCGGAGCAGCCGGCCCAGGAUAGGGCUGCACACAGUCUAGUGGCACUGGGCACAGAGGGGCCAGCUGUGGGCCACACAGUGUCAUCUGGUGAUCAAGAGGCAGUCCUGCCAGUGUCUUUAGGAACUGGGCACCUGUGGCUCUCAUCAUCUCCCCCUGACAAUAAGCCUAGUGGUGAUCUUCCAGCUCUGUCCCCAUCACCCAUCCAUCAGCACCCACAGGACAAGCUGCCCAGUAGGGAGGCUGACCUGGGGGAGGGCUUCCAGAGCAGAGAGACUGCACUCUUCUCCCAGGAACAUGUGGAUAGCGAGCAGUAUGAUGCUGACGCUGAAGAGACAGAGCUGGACGGGUCCCGGGGUUUCCCAGGAAAACCAUUGCCCACCAUACACACAGGAGGACCUCACGCUGAGCCUACACUCACCCCACAAAUAGGAAGUAGUGAUGUGGCUGACCAGCCCUGGGCCCAGGAGAGAAAGCAUCUGGCAAGGCUUGGUUGGCAGGAGCUGGGUUUGUCCACACACCCCAUCAAGUUGCCCUGCUACAACGAGGACAUUGCAUGGCUCAAACGCAGGCUGAUCCCAAGGUGCUUAGCAAGGCCAGGCUCUCCCCUGGUCCCCAGCUGCUCUCCCAAGACUGCCAGGACACUCCAUCAGCCCACCCUGGGGCACGCACAGCAGGUGGUCAUCCAAGCACAUCAGGAACAGCUGGAUGAAAUGGCCAAGCUGGGCUUCAAAGAGGAGACCCUAAUGAACCACCUGGCUCCUAAUGAUUUUGAAGAUUUUGUGACCCAGUUGGAUGAAAUCAUGGCUCUGAAAUCUGAGUGCAUCCAGAGUCUGAGGAGCCAGCUGCAACUGUACCUGGCCUGCCACAGGCCAGCCGCAGCCCCCGAGAGGACAGUGGUGUCUUAGAGCAAGAUGCAGUAUGGAAUGGUGGGGCAGCUCGGGGGCCUGUGCUGGGCCAGAGGGGCCUCUGCCAGGUCCUCUCUACAGGUGCCAGAACCCAGCCCCUGGUCCUGCCCGUGCUAGCCUCUCCCCUGCCUCACACGGCCUUAGCUGGGCCCCCGCUCUUCUCUCAGUUGGAACUUGGAACUGUCCCUAAGUUCCAAGCCCAGGAGCAUCUGUAAGGAAGGACAGAUCAGCCAGAACUUAUUGUGACCCUCCCUUUUUCUUUGGGGCUGGAAGAGAAUUUGUCUUACUAAUCCCUUGCCUGUGGAAACAUACUUGAGUCUAAUAACUCUGUAGACGUUUCUGAAUUUGGGGAUCAGAGGAUGGAGUGGUCAGUGGUAACCUAGAGGUCAGAGGUCACAAGCUGGGGAAGAUAACAUGCUGAGCCCAGGGAAUUUAUCAGCUGAAUUCUGUGCCUUUCUUCAGGACUAAAACAUUGGUGCUGGUGGGGCGGGGGCAGGCAGGGUGAACUCUGCCCUAUCAGCCCUUGGAGAUUGAUUUGGGGCUUUAGGUUAGUUUUUGAAAAUGUAAAAUGAGUAAACCUUCACUUGUGUCUUUAA